AUGUCCGAUAUUAAUACAGAAGCAUUUUUAAAGGAAGUUGAUGCUUUAUACAAUUCACAAAAUAAAACGAGAAAAGAACAAGCAGAUAAUUGGUUACAGGCUUUUCAAAAAACGUCUGAAGCAUGGUCGAUAUCAAAUUACCUAUUAAGAGAACACCAGGAUCCUCAAGUACUUAUUGAGGCGCGCUAUUUUUGUGCUAGAACUUUAAGACAAAAAAUAACUCUUGACCUACAUCAACUUGACUCGAAUGCCCGUAUUUCACUCCGUGAUUCACUCCUAGAACUUCUUUACCAAUAUCGAUCUGGUCCUCGUAAUGUGAUUACUCAACUAUGCUUAUCUAUUGCUGCAUUGGCUCUCCAAAUGCAAGAUUGGAAAAAUGUAACACAUCAGGUUGCUGAAUUUUAUGGAAAAAAUCCCGAAACUAUAUUAUGUCUACUUGAAUUUCUAAAAAUUUUACCUGAAGAAGUCUAUACAAAUAAUCGUAUACCCAUAUCGGAUCACGAGUUUAGAAUUAGGGCAAAAGAAUUAUUGACAGAUAACGCCAAUGAAGUUUUACAAACACUUUUAAUUUAUUUACAAAAUUUGGGUACAUCGACCGAAUAUCAAGUAAAAGUAUUUGAGUGUUUGUUAAGUUGGAUAGAUUCAGGAGAUAUUCCGGUAACGGCUUUAGAAUCAAAUCCAUUUCUAGCCAUUUCAUUUGAAGCAUUACAAUCAGAUGAACUUUAUGAUAUUGCCGUUGAUCUCGUAUGUCAAAUCAUACAUGAAAGUGGUGGAAUUCCCGAAUCAAUGACCUUAAUCGAACAAAUAUAUCCUCGUUUGUUACCAUUAAGAGAGUCGUUGAAACGAGCAAUGUUAGACGAGGAUGAUGAUAAAGUUAGAGGAUAUUGUCGUAUUUUUACUCAAGCCGGCGAGUCUUAUCUUCAAUUAAUUGUUCAACAUUCUGACGCUUUUCAAAGUAUAGUUGAGAGUAUUGCCGAAUGUACUACCUAUCAUGAUACAGAAAUUGUUAGAAUAACUUUUUAUUUUUGGCAUAUGUUGGCCGAUACUUUAUACGAGCCUAGACAUGCGGACAUUAAACAUAAAUUUAAAAAUAUCUAUUCUGCUCUAGUUAAUGUCAUGAUUAAACAUUUACACUAUCCUAACGAUCUUUCAAGUUGGACAGCAGAGAAACGUGACGAGUUUCGUGAAUUUCGACAUGACCAGAUCGAUAUUGGUAAAGAAGUUCUAGGAGUGAAUCACGGAGUGAAAUACGGGCAUUCGAGUCAAGUUGAUGUAGGUCAAGAGUUAUCUUCAGAAAGAAAUAAAAGAAAUGUUAAUAAAUCAGAUUUUAAAGGGUUAACAAUUAAAUUACCGGAAGAAGAUAAGGCAAAAUUUAAGAAAACAAUAUCAGGUGAUGAGUACAGUUUAAAAAAAGAACGAUAUGAAUUUGAAGUGUUUCAACUUUUUAUUAGUAAUAGUAAUAAUCAAAUAACAUUAUCAAAUCAUAAAUUAACGUUAAAAACAAUGAAAGAAUUUGAAAUCUUAUUACCAAAUCCUAAAGGAGCAGAUGGUGGUUUGACAUUAUCAAAAAGAAAACCAGAUCGUUACUUUAAUGUGCAGCUUAAUUACAAUCUGUCCAAUACUAAAAAUAAAAUUAAUAAUGGUGUCGAUAAAGAGGGUAAAAGUGAUAAUAUGUUGUCAAAAAUACCCGAACAUCCACCAGAAAUAUAUAUUGAAAGAAAAAUCAGAAGUUAG